AUGGUUGGCAAGAUGCAACUUACUGGAAAUAGCGUUCAUCAAGUGCGCAAAAAUGGCAAGCAGCUGAAGGCUGGAUUUCUCGAGGAAGAUCCUGAGAAUAAUGACAUGUUGGCUGGGGUGUCUGAGGUUUCCCCAGAAUCCGAAAAAUCUGAUCAACUUCAAAUUCCUGAUAACUACGGCUUGUUGAUCAACAUUCAUUCUCAUGGAUCAUUGGCCCUGUCCUCUUUUGUGAUGCUAUCCGAACCAUUCCAGCAAUAUUAUAGACACUGCUGCUCAGAAUUUCGGAUACUUCCGACUGAAAAUAGCAUGAAAACCCCAGAACAUCGUGCUGCAGUAACUUACUCCAUUCUAAAACUACUAUUCGAUCUCGGUUACAACAGCCAGGAAAUCGCAGUCUCCGGCCUGGAUACACUGAUACUUUUGGCUGCAUGUGAUGCCAUGAAACUUCCGGAUACCUGUUUUGUGUGGAAACAGAUCAAGACUCUGAUGAAACAAGCUGGGAAGAAUAAAGCAGAAAGAAUGCAGGCGAUCCUAGCUAAAAUGGAUAUCAACUUCCAAACAGCAAGGAUUCUGGUCAGUAUGCGGGGCUCGAAAAUCCAGAAUCCGGAAUCUGUCGUGCAGGCAAUUCUGAGCGAUGAAAUUGAUGAAAGGCGUUUUCUGAACACUCGGAUGGAGCAUUACAUGGUAUGUGGCUCGACAAAUCAUUUCUAUCCAGGGACCAAAAUCCAGACGCCUCAAGAUUUCUUGGACUUUUUCUUAUCUCGAAAAGAUCACAAGACUUUUAAAACAUGGCAAAAUAUGCUCCUUCAGAAAAACACCAGAAUUGGUAAAAAUUCCGGGAAUUUUCCAGGAACUUUCUACCUUGGCUCAAACCCUUCAAGUCCUAGCAAGCAUGGAAGUGUGGCAACAUCCUUGCAAAUUAAUUUAAAACAGGAAUAUCAUAUGUUCGACCAUCUAGUACAGAGCAGGAAUGUCCUCUCUGCUGCUACACUGCUCACAAAAAUUCAUGAGGCAAUUCAGAACCAAAAAAUUCUGGAAAAUGUAACCUUUCUUUCUCCUGUAACUUUUACAUCCGAAGAUAAUUUCCUUGAGUUUGAAAUUCGAGCCUCAAAGAAGACAUGUUUCCUGAUUCAUAAUGAUAGAAGAUGCGUCUCAUUCCAGUACACGAAUUUCAGUUCCAUGCCAAAAAUAAGUUCCGAAAUUAGCCAUCAGCCUGAAGAUCCCAAAAGCAAUGAUACGUUUAACUUCGAGGACAACACUCCUGAGGAACAUGAAUCCAGUAAGCCAAAAAAGCAUGUCAUAUACCGCAAUUCAGGAACAGUGGGAAAACUAGAGCAAGGGACUGUGAUCGAAGAAGAUGAAUUUUAUUCGGUAAUGAAAGAGUGCCACUAUGAGUACCGUGGUGAGUUUCACUGUGUUCGGCGUUUAGAGAUAAGAAGUGAUCACGCCAUCGUAUAUCUAAAGCAAAUUGAACAUCUUGAUGUGCUAAUUGAUGGCACUAUGCAGUCAAUGGUUUUCACUUAUCUUCGGCAGCACGGCACCAAUCGGGCCAAACUAGCUACCUUGGUACCUUUCCACAUGCAAAAUUUUAUGAUUAUUGAUACUGAAAUGGAAUUAACUCAGAAAACCAGGAACAGCUCUAUGGUCGCAAGGGCAAUAUUCGAGAUUCAAUGGCAAAACGAUCAACUUACAGGAUCGUUUGAACUUGAAACUGGGAAAGCUGUCAUCGCAGCUAAAGAAGUUAGCUUUCGUCCGGCUAAACAUGUCAGCUUCACAGGCUCAUAUCCGGAAAAAGCGGCUGUCCAGGAAAUCCCUAACAAAGAAAUGAAAAUUGGUCAAAAGCGGUUGCUCGGGGAUAUCGAAGAAGGCGUAAACCGAACUAAAGAAGAGAACAAUAUUCUACAGAAGGCUGUUACAACAAAAUCAGUAGCCAGGAACAGAAAUCCUAGUAGUUCAACAGAAAGAGAGAAUGGAUUACAUCAGCAAUGCGAACAGAAAUAUCGCACAAAGCAAGACACCUCCAGGAUCAAGAACCCCGAAAAUUCACAAAGCAAUCUGGAAGGAGUUAGGAUCAACGAUAUGGCAGGAUAUCAAAAGGAAAUUUACUUGAAAUCGUUUGCGUGUCGGCUACCAAGAAACAUCCAUGAUCCGGCGGGGCUUUGGGACGCUCUGAAAACAGGUCAGCUAAUGGCAGAGAAAAUUCCUUGCUCGAGAAUCGAAACACGAGACCGUCUAGCUGAUGGACGGCACUAUGGGCAUCCAAUUAAAUGCGCCAAUUUGCUGUGCGAAGAUGUGGCUCAGUUUGAUGCCCAGUUUUUUGGCAUUUCCAAAAGUGAGGCGGAAAAAAUGGAUCCUCAGCAGCGGUUACUUCUUGAAUGUGUCCAAGAAUGUAUGGAAAAUGCUGGAUUGAAAUCACUGGAAAAUACCGGAUUUUUUAUCGGUCUGAUGGCAAAUGAAUAUCCGGAUCUGGCACGAAAACAUGCCGAUGUAGUAUCCAUGCUUGGCUCAAGUGCAAGCAUUGCAAGUGGACGGUUGAGUUAUGUUUUCCGAAGUACAGGUCCAGCGGUUACUCUGGACACUGCAUGUAGUUCGUCAUUAGUUGCACUGCAAACGGCAGUUGCGGCACUGCGCAGUGGGCAGUGCAAAACGGCAAUUGUUGGUGGUGUAAAUUUGAUUUUAACUGAGGAAAGUAUUGGUCAGCGUGCAAAUGGUCACUUAUUAUCCGAGGAUGGCCGCUGUCGAAGUUUCGAUGGACGCGUAAGCGGCUAUGGAAGAGCAGAUGGUUGUGUAGUGUUUGCUUUAUCAAUAGAUGAUGGAGAUGAAGUGAGCGACAAUUUGCCGCCCUAUGACCAGCGGUCAUCGACAGUGGAUUUCGCAGAAAAAUCGCCGGCCGAGUGUUCAGGCCAAAUAUCGAAACGGUGCGGUAAUUCAGGAGAUCGACACGCGAUAACCGUUGCAGCAAAUGUAACUGGACACAACGGCCGAAGUGCAUCACUUACAGCUCCUUGUGGUACUUCCCAGGCGAGGCUUCUUCAACAUUGUCUUCGGCAAAUCUUACCGUCUGAGCAGGGAAAGGUCGACUACUGGGAAGCGCAUGGUACCGGAACUUUACUCGGUGAUGCAAUCGAACUGAAGGCACUGCAAAGCAGGCUGAAACAUCCGUGUGUGGUCAGCACCGCUAAGACACACUUUGGACAUUCCGAAGCAGCAGCAGGCGUUGUUGGUUUGGCCAAAUUGUUCCUUCAGUUCGCCCACAAUUACAUUCCGGAGCACGGAUGUUAUGAGUUUUCAGAAAACUUCAAAAACAGCCAAAUCUAUUUGCCAAUUGUUGGUCAAGAAUGGGAUGGUCAGUUGGCCGGGCUGAGCUCAUUCGGCAUCAGCGGCACCAACGCAAUGGUACUUUUAUGUCGUUCGAUUAACAAAACUCCCAGAUCUGACAGCUCUGGACCUGCUGACCAAGCAAAUCUACAUAUCUGGAUUUGUCCAGUAUCUGCUGCUAGCACAAAUUCACUACAGCUGUUGGUCAAAUCCUAUCGAGCUAUGCUCAAUGAAAGUUCCCAUGAAACAGGUGCGAUUUGUUCGGCCGCAGCGCUGCAACGGAAUCAUUUGCCGCACCGGGCUGUUUUCGUAAUAAGACGAGGGGAAAUGCUCCGAAACGUGCUUUUUCAGGAUGACAACACAACAGAAGAAUUUCAGUGUUCGGAAAGGAUUGGCUUGGAAAUAUCCAGCAGUCACUGUCUUUUCGCAAUUUAUCGCCUCUGUACAAUUUUUCCUGAAUACAAAACGAAGUUUUGUACCUAUUUUCGGUUGAUGAAAGGUUUCUUGAAACAACAGCAAAAUCGGGACCAUAGGGUUUUCCAGAAACUUUGUGGAAUUCAGGAUGUGAUUACUGUAACGGGUAUCGCAGCACUGGUUUCGUUUGUACAGGAUAUUGGUAUUGAAUUGAACGGGCUUCAUGUCCAUGACAAUCGAGCGCUCACUUCUGCUCUUCUACUAACGGGUAAAUUGACUAUUACUGCUGAAAAUACUGCAGAUAUAUUCUGGAUAGCCCCCAAGAUGCGCAUUUUUACGGAUAUGAGUAGGAGUAGAGCAAAAAAUUAUAAAUGGUACUCGCUAUUAACUAUAGAUAAUCAAAAAAUCGCGGAAUUCGACCAAAAAUGGAUGAAUUUCAUCGCCCAGUCAUAUCUUCAUGGUAGUAAUAUCGUCUGGAAAAGGAUUUACUCAUCUGCUUACCAAAAUAUAGUAUUACCGAAUUAUCAAUUCGACCGAAAGCCCUACUGGAUUAUCCAAAGACCCGUAAUCACCGAACACAGACUUCUUGGUAGAUUGAUAAAGAUACGAAAAAAUGAGGUUCUUUUCGAAAAUCAACUCAGCCAAAUAACUAAUCCAGAACUGUUUGUUUUCCAGUACGGAAGGCAGAUUCGCAUGACAUUCGGGAUUUGCUGCGAAGCUAUUUUGGAAGCAGUGCGAUUGACCCAAGCGCUUAGACGCAAAAAAACUUACAAGUCAGGCGACUGUGAACAGCGAGGGUUGAUACUGAAACACUUGAAGCUGGUAAAGCACUGCUUGAAAGACGGCGCAUGGUUUCGAACAAGCGUGUCGAAUAUGAAGGAUAAUCAGAAAGAUUAUUUUGUUCGGAUGACUUCCGGCACGAAAGUGAUUUGUGACGCGCGAGUUCAGGUGAAUGAAAAGAUGAAUAUCAAUAAGUUUGAAGGAUUGGCCAAAAAUCAGAAACAAAAUUUCAGGAUUUGUCCUGACUUUUAUGAAAAACUGAACUCAAAUGGAUUGCUUUACAAAGGAAUUUAUCAAGUUAUCAGCUCCUUAUCACCCGCUACGAAGACAUUUGUAGCAAAAUCGUCAAUUACAGAUUUGUAUGUUGCGAUCGAGAUUUUAGUGCAGGUUGCCUGUUAUUACGAUCUUAUCAGUCCAGACGAAAUUUAUGGAUCAAGCAAAUUUCGGGUCAUGAAUCUGAAGUAUUAUCGGAAUCUUUCCAGAACUGUGUUUGUAAAGACGGCACGCACGCAGAUUACACUUUAUAAUGAAGGUUUGGAGCUAAUUGCAGUAACUUUCAAAAAGCAAGACAAAAUGACGAAGUUAGCAAAUUCCAGGAUCAAAUCCAGGGAAUCUGACUCCAGAUCCACCCAGCAUUCCCCACCUUAUCACACUGAGGACAACACGUACCAGGAAUGCAUCGAGAAGGUGAAGCGAGCAGUUGCUGAUAUACGGAAUAGUGGAUUAAGCUGUGACAGUGAACAGCAACUCUCGGUAUCGUUCAUCGAACUCGGUCUCGAUUCGCUAGCAAUCACGGAUUUGGCGAACCGACUACAAACUGUUUAUUUUCCAGGCUUACAGAUUAAUACAGUGGACUUAUUCAACUUUUCCAGUAUCAGCUCGCUCGCAGAGGCUAUUUAUUCCCAAAAAAUAGCAGUGGAUUCUGGCGCACGAAAACAAGUCGGAAAGAUUGUUGACCAGCGCUCACUCAGUGAAACUCCUGGGAAAAAUAAAAAACAACAUUUGAUGAAAGUAAUAAUCCAGGACACUGAAGAUAAUCAUAAAGAAGUAAUCAAAAAUCUUGCCUGGAAGCAACUUUCUGUGGAACGGAAAUUCGAAAACCCUGAAAAAGCAGUCAUUAUCACGGAUGUGGAAAGAAUUCCGAACAAAAAUGAGUUACUGCUUAUUGCAAGUACUGGGAAUUCGAAGAAAAGUGAAUCGGAAUCGAAGUCGGGGAUCAUGUACCUGAAUGGAAAGAAUCCCGAAAUCACAGAAGAAAUGAUUUUAGCAAAAAUAAAUAAGUGGAAACUUAUUACUGCAACCUUUGAGCUAAGUAGCAAUUUUCCACUUCCAUAUCUUAUCGAAAUUUUACUUUUACUUGCAAGAGUAGUGAAUAAAGUGAAGUGUAAGUUUGAGUUUCGUCCUAAGCCAGGAAAUGGACGUGCGAAUGCUUUCGCUCUGGGAUUUACCAGAAGUCUAGUGGCAGAACUGUACCCGAAAACCCAAUACAAAUGGGAUUUUUGCUUGGAAAAAAUGAUUCUUCCAGAAUUGACCUUUACAUCACCCACGGCAUCAAAGCAAUUAUCACCUACGGAAGAACGCUGGCUUGUCACUGGUGGUUUAGGCGGUAUUGGAUGGCAAAUGGCUCAGUGGAUCGUCAAGAAUCGCACGGUCUCACAUCUCUUUUUACUUGGUCGGCGCCAACCAGAUGCGAUAAAAUGUCGUGAAAUCAAGAAGAUGCGUCGGGAAGGUAUUAAUGUUCAAGCUGUUUCCGUAGAUUUGACAUCUGGUGAACAGGUGCGCAGAUUCUUCCGCUCACUUCAGGUAUCUUUGACCGGCAUAAUCCACAGUGCCGGAAAUAUCCACGAUGCCCUCGCUCUCCAACAAACUACAUCAACGUUUCAUGAAGCGGUUGCGGCAAAAUGUGACGGAUUGCUGCAUCUGGCGCAAAUGUGCAGCACGCAUCCACUUGAACAUUUCAUCGUCAAUUCAUCCAUUUCAGCAAUAAUUGGAAAUCGUGGACAAUGCAACUAUUCGGCUGCCAGUGCUUAUGUGGAUGAGUUUAUGCUCGAACGAAAUGCGCAAGGUUUCCCCGCAACAACAAUUAAUUGGGGUAAUUGGCUCGAAACCGGCAUGGCCGCGAAUAUCAACGCAAACCUACAUAAAAUGGGAUUCACUGGACUGAAGACGAAAACAGCAAUGGCGUAUCUACAGUAUGCAAUUGAGUAUAAACCCGUCAGACUUGUCGUUGCUGCAACUGACGUGCGCAAAAUCCUGCGGUAUCGCCCCGACUUGUUGCCAGUAUUCGAGGGAGUAAUUGGGAAAAAUAGUCUACCAGGAGUUUCGAACCGGGCUUUUCAAGAAGAGGAAGGCAAAUGUUCAGAAAAACACAACUUGAAUGAUAAACAGGGAAACGUGAUCUCCGAAAAUUCUAGCGGUGCAAGAAUGUCUAGCGAAUUUUCCAUCCAGGAAAUGUCCAGGAAAAAAAUCAAAGAAAAAUGCCCGGAAAAAUUCAGGAAAUAUCAAACUAACAACAACGACAUCCACCGUAUUAUUUCGACGGUAGUUCAGAUUCUAGAAGAACUAACUGAUGAACAGGUAACAGCCGUAAAUUUCACAAAAAGCUUCAUGGAACUUGGCCUCGACUCUUUCAAGAUGUAUCGCUUUGUCAGCGCUUUAUCGCAGCGAAUCAAAUCUGCACUUCCGCUGAAUAUUUUAACAGUUUUUGAAAAUCCAACCAUUGAGCAACUUUCACGGUACAUCGCAGCAGCACCUCACGAAAUAUGCGCAAAUCCAGGAACUGAAGACCGCAAAGCAAGCGAUUUAAAUGAGACGAAGAGCAACGUUGUACUUCAAAAGAGCCGAGAGAAAAAUCAUCCAGGCAUUAAAUCAGGAAUUUUUCACUUCCUUGUGCUUCGUGAGGAAAAUCUGGAAAAAUUAAACAUGCUCAGAAGUGCUUAUUCCAGUCAGCUUGAAAAAUCAUCGAAAUCCUUAAAACAUCUGGAAAAGCAAUGGUUAAAUGCAAUUAAUGCGAAAACCGGAAUAUUGCAAAUUGCUUGGGGUUCGAGGCGUAAGAAUUUGAAGCAAGCCUUAAUGCAUCCUGAAACUGUUUCUAACUGUGCCAUGAUGAAAGAAAACCUUGGAGAAAACCCGAAACAGCCCAAACUGUGUUUAAUGUUUACCGGUCAUGGAAGCCAGACCUGGAACAUGGGGCGACAACUUGCUGAAAUUUUUCCCGUUUUCCGGCAGAUAUACGAUGAAAUGCUCCUACUCGCCGAUAAAUUCAUGCCACCAGAAAGUGUGAGUCUCCGAGAUGUACUGCGUCGAUGGAGCUACCGCAGUCUUCUGUACAAAACUGAAUACGCACAACCUGUCAUCUUCUGUUUUGAAUAUUCAUUGGCGAAGCUUUAUGAAGCUUGUGGUGUGCAAGGAGAUUUUUUCGUUGGACAUAGUGUUGGUGAAAUUGUUGCGUAUACGGUAGCUGGUCGGAUUACCUGUAACGAAGCGUUGAAACUGGUGGUGCAACGUGCUCAAAUUCUGGCACAAGUGGACGGCAAAGGCAAAAUGUUUGCUGUGAAGCGUGGAGAUGCCCCGAAACUGCAACACCACAGCGGCAUGAGCAGGGCAGCCGAAAAUAGCCAUAUGCAAAUUAUUUUGUCGGGCGAUAAUCAAGCCGCAUCACGCUGCUUGCGUUUUGCUCGGAAACGUGGGUACACGGUUACAGUAAUCGACCACCGCUAUCCGUUCCACAGUGCGGCAAUUUCAAGUGCUUUAGAACAAAAAUAUACAUCAGUUUGCAAGCAAGUGCAGUUCCACAAAUCCAACACAGGAAAAGUUGUUAGUAAUAGAACUGGAAAAUUUCUAGAUGACGAGCACCUCGAAACUUCCUGGAAACUUUUGGCUCCAAUAAAUUCACCAGUGCUUUUCAAGAAAUGUAUUGAAACACUUCGCGAUCAUGGUACCGAAGUAUGGCUUGAAAUUGGCUCUGGCGAAGUGCUCAGUGCAAUGGUCCGAGGGAUUCUUAACCAAAAUGUACAGGUUUCUUCAGCUAUAGCGCCUGGCAAGCAAGAAGUAGAUUCGUUUAUCGGAUCACUCGCUACGCUUCAUAGAUUUCACGUGCGCGUUUCCUGGGAGAAAAUUUAUAAGUGCGCGAAACCGCUGCGAAAAAUGUCCUUACCCCAGUCUCCUGUGGAAAAGAGAGAAAAUUUACAUUUUCCGGAGAGACGAUAUUUGGAAAAACUCGCCAAGCAGCACCAGAUCAAUGGCCUUGUAACGGUUCCAGCAGCAGUGUUUGUAGCUAUAUUUGUGCAGUUCAUCAAUGCUAACAGCAAAACCAAUGGCCUCAAACCUGGGAAUUUACGAGAGAGCGGGAUUUCUUCA